UACUCUGAACCACUUCCUACUUCCGCAAACACAACAGCUCCGUGUAGUUUCCCCGUUUUAUCGGUUGGUCAAUGCGGUGGUUGACUUCUGCCUUUCUUUACUCUAUUUACAUAUUCUAACAGUUCCGACAUUUAAUGAGUGAUUGAUUUUAAACACGUCAUGACGGCCAACAGCCGCUGUUCCGCCGCCGAGCCUCCGGGCCUGGAGACCCAGCGGCGGGAGAUCGAGUCUCUGCUGCGGGAGUGUGAGCUCCGCGCUGGGGACAGUUGGUACGUGAUGGAGCGUCGUUGGUAUGAACAGUGGAAGGAGUUCGUGGAGACCGGAGACCAGAACUCGUCUUCCUUCCCCGGUCAGAUCGACAACACUGAGCUGUUUGAGGGUCAGUGAACGCCUCAUGAUGUCAUCACCUGACAAACAGCACUCCUCAACUUUCCUUCUCUCUUCUAUCCCUAAAAACUGCACUUCAAACCAACUAUUUUCUAUAAUUAGGAUAAACUAUGGAAGCCCUGAGAGGCAAGAAUCCAGGAGUCUGAUUCAAGAUGUUUCUUCUUCUGUGUUUAUGACAUAAGAACAGGUGAAAAUACAUUCUGCCAGGACAACAUAUUCUAAGUUCCUUAAAUCUAUUUUCAUCUUUGAAAACAGGAUCAAGUGUUUGUUGUUGUAAUACUCCUUUCAGCCACAAGAGGCUGAAGCGCUCCACUACCUCAUGUUCUAAACAGAACCAAAGCUUCAUGUGUUCCUCACGGCAGAUUAGAGACGAUUUAAAACACAGUUACACACAAUAUAUUUAUUAAACUCAAUUUUAUAUAUAUCGCCUCACACAUUUACAAUCUGUAUGGCAUAACGGUGUGUUCACACCAAACGCGGCAUUACUCGUGGGACCAUUUGUGGUUAUUUAUGCUAGAUGUGCCGGAGAGGGGGCGUGGCUUAACUCCAUGGAAGCCGUUAUCAACUGAGCCCUUUAUUUCCUCCAACAUGGAAGAACCUGUAUUUCUGCUCAGUACUUGUUGUGGAAGUCCCAGAGAUCUCGGGGAAACUAAACGCCGUCUUGUCUGGUUCAUGACAUCAUAACAAGACGACAAGCAAACGACUUUAAAAUGUUGUAGCAGCUCCAUCAACACUCAAAAUAACGACAUCUAGACGUAAAUGCAGCAGCGUCGAUUCAUUGUUUGUACCAUCUGGUUUACACACAUUUAUACACAUAGUCCGGUCUCCACUGAUAUGAGCUCUGGGUGAACACAGACGACUACAGUAUUUGUUUCCUGAUUCUGCGUCACUCCAGUCUCACUGCGUCUGUGCGGAGACUUCGUACGUAAUCUACUCACGCGAAUACGUUGUGUUUAGAGAGCAUGCGGUGAUUAAAGUCUCACCUGAAGAAGACAUGAAGCUUUCAGUUCUGUUUAGAACACGAGGGGGCGGAGCACUUCAGCCUCUAGUGGCCAAACAUGAGUACUACAACAACACACACUUCUAUCCUGAUGCACUCUAUUUUCACCAGGGCCCCGUUCCUCGUACGUGGUUCAACUAAGUCGAUCAAAUGUCCUGUUAGCAGCCUAAAUUAACGAGAUGAUUGAUGUCAGGCUAUCUCGGUUCCUCCAAGGCUGAUCCUCUCAAACAGUCUCGUUAAUUCGAACCAGACUUCAGUAAUCAGGAUAAUUGCGCGUGCCCGUCCUACUUCAAAAGGGGGAAGCGUCGAUCACCGAAACCAUGAUUUUCUAA